UUUUAAUAUCAACACUGACCCCAUGUGGACAUAAGAGGAAUUGCACAAUUUAUUUUUAGAAAACAGAUGCUACUACAGAAUGACUGCUCAACAACAAACGUUAAUGGUAUUGAAGGUCGAAAGAUACCAUAAAUUCUCAGUUGGCCAAAGGUUGAACAGACCGAGUUGAUUGAAGCAGGAUUCACAUGCUUCACCGAAGCAAAUGCAACAAUGCUCAUUUGUGGAAAGUAAUGUCAAGGAUGCUCCUUAUUGGUUGAGCCUCACCCCACCCUCCGCCUCCUUUCCCCUGGUUUCCCGGGCAACCAUGUCAGGGUGGAGGAAAAGAGCAAAUCAUAGAAGAGCAAGACUGACGAGAAGGAGGGAGAGGGACCACAACCAGAGGAGAUCCCUGUGUAACGCAGACAUUUGUUUGACCUUCACUCUUUUUUUGAUCUCCUCCUCACUUACUCCUGCUCCCCCAGUGUGUUUCGGGUCUCCCCUCUUUCCUUCACCUCCUUCUUCUCCUUCUUCUUCUUCUUCUUGAGCGUCUCCGCUCUGCUUGGACGGUGGCUGCAUCGAUGCAAAAUGGGUUGUGGCAAUUCCUCAGCCACCAGCACAUCAGGAGGGGGGCCAGCAGAAGUGUCCAAAGAUGUGACAGAAGAUCCAUCUGCAGAAGAUGAGAAAAGAAGGAACUAUGGUGGUGUGUAUGUAGGUCUACCAGCAGACCUGACCACUGUGGCUGCUAGUCAGUCCAAGUCCACACGUAAAGACUAGCAGCUGCUGAAGGGAACACAACAAAGCAGGAUCCUGCGUAUUCAUUCACCUAGAGAGGCUCACAUUACAGGCGGAGAGCGUGAAAAUGCUCUGAUUCUGGCUCACUACACACUGAAAAAAGUCUCAGGCUUUAACAAUAUCAUUGAGCGGGGAUGUGGACAGCUUGCUGGAGUUCGGAGGACGUUUCCUCAUGGAGUCACGGCAGGCGUGGUGACGGAGGGACACACAGCGGAGAUCUGCAUCCAUCAUCACCUAUCACUUUGCAAAAAAGGAAGAAAAAGAAAAAGAAAAAAGAAAGAUGGACUUUGAAGUGGACAAGCACCCACCCUGGGACUGGCAGCUGUGGGCGACGGCAGCAUCGGGCAUUGUGUCAGCCAUCUUGGCUUCUCGGUCACUGCACCGCUGGAACAUUGUCCCUCUUUCUCAGGAGGAGACAGGGGACCCAGCCAACUCGUCAACUAAGUGUCUGGGACUCGCACACAUUCCCAAUAGCCCUCUGCAAUAAUAAUCACUGCUCAGUUAUUUCUCCGAGACGCCAUCAAUGAUUCAUGGCGUGGCUGAGUUAGAGAGACAGAAAAAGAAAUCUGAGUUUCACAGGAAGCAGCAAACACAUUCCUGUUAAUUCGUCACAGAACAUCUCGGCAUUAGUGAAAAUAAUAUCAGUUUCAACCAGGGAGCUGCUGCUGCUGCUGCAAACAGAAGAGUCUGAAAACAACAUUGAUUUUAAUCAUGGGUCUAAAUGCUGAUAGUAACGAGUUGUGUCAAGAGUGUAUUAGUCUGUGUCCUGGGUGCAUCAGCCAGGUCGUACCUGGUGUUGUCACUAAUAUUGUGCUCUAGACUGAUUAUGUAACAUCAGCGUAUGACUCAUGAUACUCAGGAUCUCUCUCUCUCUCUGUCUGUCUGCCUCUCUCUCUCUCUGCAGCAUGUCGUUUUUCCCCUUAAGAGCUCUGAUUCUAGCGCUUUUAGGUAAUUCAGCACUUACAGCCGUUCUUGUAAGCAGCAUUGUUGCACAGUUUGUCCUCACAACAUAAAUGUUACACAUUAGUAACAGCAAAAAAAAAAAAAAAAAAUAAAAAAAUAAAAAUGUGUCAUUAAAAUUAUAUUCAGUUGCCAAAAAAAUGUGAACAAAGGAUAUGUGCUAAGAGAGACAGAGAUUUACUUUUAUCCUUCCUUGUUUUUUUGGUUUUUUUUGACAAUUUGUUGAUGUUGCUCUUUAACACCUGCAUUGAUCAUAUUACAACCUAUUUUAUUCAUUUUAUAUCAAGCUUACUUGUGAAUGUUGUGCUUCUAUAUGUUUCUGAAGGACAAAAAAAUUUGUGCUAUUGUUGAUUUUUCUUAUUGUCAGCAGAUUCCAUGUAAGGUCAGUAUUUAGUACGACAAAAAGUUCUCAUCACAAGAUCCAAGAAUGAACCAACAAGCUCAGCAAUGUUUUAUUCCCUUUCUCAGUAGCUUACUUUCUGACUUCUCGCCUCUGGUCACACACGUAUAGUUUCAUUUGUAAGAGAGGCUCAAUAAUUUCCUACUACAACAGCUAGACACCUGUUUUGUUUGUUUGUUUGUUUUUUUAACAAAUUAUACUCAAACAGGUGUGAAAAGUGCAGUUGCUGGGGACUAUUUUCAGCUGUGGAUUAAUACACAUUUGGUACUCUAGUGAGCAAUUUCAGCUGCAGGAUGGUGUGCAGAGGACUUUCAAACAAUAUACAGUGCCUAAGUGCUUAUGCUCAUCAUAAUGAAGGAAUAUGGCACCCAGUACAACAGUGUGGAUGUUUUGCACAGUUUUUGACCAAUAACAAAAAUCUAUGAUACACAGGAAUAAGCUGUUUCAGACUUUGGCUAUAUCAUAGCAUAUACAUACAGUAGGAUCAAAUAACUGUUCAUGGGAUUUGUUCACAAUAAGAAAAAUAUGUAAUACCACCAGCCUUAUCUUUUAACAAAAAAAUCAAACACCAAACACCUCAGUGUCCCCAAGGACCCCUUCACCCCCCCAAAAAAUGAAAACAUAUUACAGCCGGGUGGUCAUUAGGGGCCAGCGUCAUUUGUCAGCCAGGCUAUUGACAGUUGUUUCUUCUGAUGAAUGUACAACGUCCUCUGCGCACCAGGACCCCAAAGGAAGGUGGAAAUAGGCCAACUUUAAACACUUGAGAUUCAAGAGAUGUUCUUUCUGCGCUACACAAAACUCUUUAUAUGCCUGUGAGUGUACGGCUUGGCUGACCAAUAGGGACUUAUUUCACAACGGCUGAACACAAGCAUAUUGUUUACUGUUUGUCUCUGUUUUCUUCAGUGACGCCCACUAGCUGCCUGUGUCGCUGGUUAGCAGUCACAUUGAUAUCAAGGGAUUUCAUGUGUCUCUUAAUUGCAAGCCAUUUGUCAGCUCACACUGUCGCUACGUUUACACAGUUCACCCAUGGCAGAGACAGAACACACUGCAGAUACAAAGAGCUGCUUUAUGUACUGUGUAGUUAACAGCAGAUUAUAAAAAGAGCUGAAGAGUGCCUACGGCACCACAGGACACAUUUGAUCAGAAACCCACCUGAGACAUUAUAUUUUUGUUGUCCCUUUUCUUCCUCCCUGCUGCUGCCUCAGCUUCCCUGUGUGAGUCCCUACCGGAGGCCUUUGGCUUUGACAGCGUGUUGUGCUGCCUGUCUCUCCCUCUUUUAUCAGCCCCUCUUUGCCCUUUAUGUUUUUUCCUUCUGUAUAUGAUGAAUGUCAUUGCCUUUGCUCUAUUGAAUUAGUCUAACAGAGACAAGGGGGCAGAAUGUGGAUGAAUAACUCAGCCAUUAAAAUGUUACUGUGGCUCAUAGAUCUGCAACAUGGCAUGUUGUUUGAACUUAGUAGGGGUGGGGUGUGCUUAGAAAAGUAACAUGUCUUAAAGGAGUAGUUUGACAUGUUUGUGGAAAUCAUUUACUUGCUUUCUUUCUGAGAGUCAGAAGAACUAAGCAUAAGGACUGGAGACAGAAGGAAACAGCUGGCCUGCCUCUGUUCAAAAGGCAACAAAACGCACCUACCAGCAACUGCAAAGCUCACUUGUUACAGUUACAUCUUAUAUCUUGUUUGUUAAAGUUGUAGAAAGUAUGUAUAAAAAUGAUGCAUGAGAGUCUUUUUGCUGGAUUAAGCCAAUCAGCUGCCUGUAGCUUCAGCACAGACAUGAGAGGGGUUUUAAUCUAACUCUCGGCACUAAAGCGAAUACGGGCAUUCCUCCAAAAUGUCAAAAUGUUUGGAAAUAGAAGAUCCUUCAGGUUUUUGACCACAUGAGGUCAAAGUACCUGUGAAUUAUUUUAAUUAUUUACAUGCUAUACACAGUGCUUGCAGUGCUUAAACCCACUAGUGUCUCUUUACGCUGUUGAACGUUCUACGUGAUGGAAAAGUAAUGACUGACGUGAUCGGCUCCUAAGUGAUGUUUCACAAUGAAAGUCAUAUUUUGCAGGCUGUUUUCUCUCUUUCUCAAUUGUUCUGCCAGUCUUUCAUUUACACAUACUCUCUUUCACACUUUCACACAAAAAUUAUCUGCUCAUCAUAAGUGUCCAUGCGUUUAUUCCCAAACGUAAUCAUGUCACCCGAGGCCUCUGUGAAACUCAUCCAUGAUCAGCUGAUUCAAUUAUUUAUGAUUAAAGACUUUUAUAUUGUGCACGCACA